AUGUGCAUGAAAGCGACUUGCUCUACCUGCCACAAAACCACCUGGUGGGGGUGCGGCAACCACAUCCCCGCAGUCCUCGACGCCGUCCCCGAAAGCGAACGCUGCACCUGCGAACCCAAGGUCGAGCGCGACGGGAAGCAGUACCCGCCCAAGGGAUCAAAUUGA